AAAAGAAGGGACCAAUUUGGAAACGAUUAGAAUGCAGUAUUUAAUUCCAACGAUUUUAAAAAUUUCGAAAGAAUGACGUGUCGGUUGUCGAAUUGUUGAAUAGUUAUUCGCGAAUUUAACUAUGGAUCGUUUGGUGCGAUUUUUCGAUAGUUUUAGCAAAAAAGAUUCUACAACAGAAAAAUGGUUGAUGAUUACGAGCCUUCUACCAGUAGUUUUAUCUUCCCUGCUAUAUUUAAUUGCAGUUUUAAUCGUCUUGCCGGCUUACAUGAAAGACAGGAAACCAUUCCAGGGCCGCAAAAUGAUAAUAAUUUACAACACAGUACAAGUUUGGCUUAACAUUUGGAUAUUUUUUGGACUUCUUCCUAACGUAUCCGACUCGUUUCGUUGUUAUCCCGAUGGAGUCAAACAUCCGCCUAAAAAUAAUAUAAAAGCGUUCAGUUACUACUUUCAUUUAACGAAAUAUUUAGACUUUUUAGAUACAAUAAUUUUUAUUGUAAGAAAAAAAUACAGUCAAGUGACUCUCCUUCACUUGUACCAUCACAGUACCAUGCCUUUGACGACGUGGUUCUGCGUCCGGUACGGCCCCGAUGGCAGGGUUUCCUUGCACGCUUUGCUCAAUUCCUUCGUUCACGUUUUCACCUACCUCUAUUACCUGGCGAGCAUUCUGGGCCCCCAGGUGAGGAGGUUCCUCUGGUGGAAAAAGUACAUCACUCUACUACAAAUGGCGCAGUUCGUCGUUAUUACGAUCCAUUCGAUUCAAUCGGCUUUAUACGGAUGCAACGUUUCCCUGGUCUUAAGCCUUCUAACCGGCAUGCAAAGUUUGAUUUAUAUGAUACUGUUUAUCGAUUUCUACAAAAAGGCCUACGGGACGCACAAAAGCGCGAAGGAAACGAUCGGGGACUUUGAGGUGCAUAAAAAGAACGAAUGAAAUUAUUGUUUUUUUCGUUACCGUAAUCUCCUUGUGGGUCGUUCAAAUAGAAUGUGAAUUAUCCAAUAAAGAUUAGUAGUGUUGUAUGA